UUGAUUGUGCGAUGUACAUGUGCUACACAUGUCUGAUCCAAGCUUCUAUGGGUCAUGGACAUAAGCAGGGAGGAAAAAUAUAUCCGUCCUACAGGACUGGGGAUGCAUGGUUAACACGGCAAAAGCUGCAGUACUUGAGAUAAACAAAAUCAAACAACGGUCCACCUUUUCCAAGUCCCUCACCAUGGCAAGUGGAAGUCAUCCGUCCGGCUUUAAUCCUCAUCUACCUGGCUUCCGAUACCAGGUUCUCUCAAAACUUCUUGGAGCGUCUAUGUGGUUCUUCAUCUUGUACAGAGCACGCGAGGAUGGUCCUAAGCUACUGGGUUUGCGUCAUCCGUGGGAGGGUCACGGUCAUCACGACGAACACUCUGAAAGCCAUUGAUUUCGAGUCUUUACAGAGGACAAAUGUAUAUCCCAUUUCUCGUUCAGAGGUGCAUUGACCUGCCCAUUGCGUCCAACUACAAGAAUGUGCCAAUUCUGAGAAAUCCAAAUUCUUGUGUCCGAACAUUGUAGAAAACUGUUGGUUUCGUCAGCGUUGAAUACGCGGUUAAUAAUGCGUUGCUUUUUGCUGGCCGAGAUAGUUCAAGCUUCGGUGAACGUUGUCCUCGUGGUGCUGGAUGUGAAUG